AUGCAGGGUCCUCUCCAACCGCCCUUGAUCGAGUCAACUGUCGGUGAUCACUUUGUGAAGAUAGUGGCAGCAUAUGGCGAUCGCCCAGCCCUCAUAUCAAGACACCAAAACGAUAUCGCCACGUUCGAUUCGCUAGACUUUAGAAGCAAUGCAUUGGCUCGGGGAUUACAAUCAGUCGGUGUCAAGAAGGGAGACCGAGUUGGAGUGAUGCUGGGGAACUCAAUGGAAUAUGUCGUUGCUACAUAUGCUCUAUUCAAGCUAGGAGCCAUCUUGGUGCCUUUGAAUCCUUCGUUCAAUGCCUCCCAAGUUGCAUCUGCACUAGAUCAUCUCAAAUCCAGCCAUCUGAUCAUAAACGCGGAAUCCAAUCUCCCCCGCAAAGAUCCCCGCGACAAUAUCCCUUUACUAAAGCAUUUGGUGCAAGACCUAUCUGGCUCAGGAUUAUCUUCGGAAUUGGUCCCAUCACUCAAGAAGAUCAUCUUGGUCGAUAAUUCCUUAGGUCGUCCAGAUCUGUCAGACUACUCGAGUCUCAUUCCAUUCGCAGACCUCGUGUCCGAGCUACCCGCCGAUGGACGUUCCUUACCGGACCAGAACCUCUCACCACACGAGAUUGUUAAUAUUCAAUUCACUUCCGGCACCACUGCAAUGCCCAAGGCCGCUUCUCUUAGCCACCGCUCUAUCUUAAACAACGGCUCCCAGAUCGGCGAUCGCAUGCUCCUCACUCCUCAGGACAUCGUCUGCUGCCCGCCUCCGCUAUUCCACUGUUUUGGUUCCAUUCUUGGCCUCAUGGCGACGGUCACGCAUGGCGCUGCCAUCGUCUUCCCAUCCGAAUCAUUCCAUGCCCGCGCCACUCUACAGGCCGUCCAGGAAGAAAAUGCACGGCGCUCUACGGAGUCCCGACGAUCAGGAAGCAGUAUUCCCGCAGAGCUAAUGAAGAAGCUGCACCGGGUGCUGAAUCUCACAGAACUAACAAUCUGCUAUGGAAUGACGAAGACCAGUCCCGUCUCCUGCAUGACGACUACGGACGACCCCAUGGAUAAGCGGAUUGGCUCCGUGGGAAGACUCAUGCCGCAUGUCGAGGCUAAGGUGGUGAGCCCGAGUAACCAUAAUCAAAUCCUGCCCAUCGAGGCAAAGGGCGAGCUUGCUGUACGCGGGUACCUACUAAUGAAAGAAUAUUGGGGAGAUCCAGAGAAGACUGCAGAGGUUAUGCUGAAGGAUAAGUAUGGGAAAGUUUGGAUGCAUACUGGCGACGAGGCUAGACUUGAUCAUUCGUGGGGAGAAAACAUUCACCCUUUGGAGAUCGAGAACUGCCUAUACGCCCACCCAGGAGUCGUGGAUGUCUCCGUAGUCGGAGUCCCAGAUGCACGUUAUGGCGAAGUCGUCGCAGCUUUUGUGGUACCUCGAGACAGUCCGAGUUCGGUCUCCGAGAACGAGAUUCAACAAUGGGUGCGUGAUCGCCUAAGCAACCACCUCGUUCCGAAAUAUGUCUUCUUCCUUGGCGCAUCCGAAACUUUCCCAAAGACGGCGAGCGGCAAGAUCCAGAAGUUCAAGCUCAAGGAAAGAGCAAUCGAUCUUCUAGCAGGAAAGAAGUAG